AGUUGCGGCGUGUCUGCGUGUGUUAUAGUGUUUGAGUUUUUUAAAUUCUCGUCAAAAACCAUCCAAGUUUACACGUUUUAUUUGAAACAGCGAACAGCGCUAGUAUCGUUUUCUCCAAUAUCCGAUAAAGUAAAAACUCGUAAAUUUUUUUAAAAAAAUUUUUAAUAUGAUUUAAAAAUUCCCGGUCAAAAUAAUUCAAGUUAUGGCACUACUAGAUGAAAAUGGUAACAAAGCUUUUAAUUUAACUGGAUUUAUGUUCGGAAAUAUUGACAGCAAUGGUCAGUUGGAGAAUAAUUUUUUUGAUGACGAUGCUAAUAGACAUUUGUCGUCACUUGAUUCCCUGGGAUUUAAUUCUGUACUCCAGGAUGUAGUAUCACAUGAAGAAGUUGUCGGUGAAUCUUAUAAUUAUAUAAAUGAUGAUGAAGUGACAUUAGAAAAUAAAGUUGUCAAUGACAGUGACAAUGAUGUUAAAUUACCGGGUAAAAGUUUUCCUGAUGCGAGUGAAGUAACUGAAGAUUUAAAGUUGGAAAUUAAAGAGGAAAAUGUUGAUGUUGAUGCAAAUGAUAAAGAACUUGAUGAAUGCCAUGAUGAAAAAUUGUCAGUUAAAACUAAUGAAGACAAAGAAAAUUAUCCUUUUUCUUCUAUGUUACCACAAAAAUAUGCAAAUGUUGAUGUCACUGAACUAUUUCCUGACUUUCGUCCUAAUAAAGUUCUUAGGUUUCACAAAUUAUUUGGAGCGGGAAAGGCGAGCAGUUUGCCAAAGGUCUGGCGGGGAGCUCAGAAACUGAAGAAGAAUCACCAAAAACAUAAUGAAGAAAUAAAUAAAUGUACGGAUUCAGAUCAAGAAGAAAAAGUUAAGAGUAAAGGCUGGGUAAUGAACUACGGACCUGAUCCUGAUCCUGACCAGUGUGCUUCUGAUGAUGAGCUUAAAUUAUUGGCACCUGUUAAAAAUGAACCAGCAGUGACUGGUGAUGAAAAUGCUAAAGAAAAUGUGAAGACAAGUCCAGCCUUUACGGAUUGGCGGUUUGGUCCGGCAAAGUAUUGGUUUGAUAUGAUCAAAGUACCCGAGACUGGGAGUGAUUUUGAUUAUGGAUUUAAAUUAGCGAAAGAUAAUAAGUUAGAUAAUAAUAAGCUUAACAAAAUAGACAAUGGUGAGUUCGAUGAUGACGCAUUUCUUAUGGUUUCUCAGUUACAGUGGGAAGAUAACGUCGUGUGGGAUUCAAAUGAUGUAGCGCAGGAAGUAAAAUGUAAAUUGAAUAAUAAAAAUAGUUCUGCUGGGUGGAUACCUUCGUUUUUUAACAGAAAAGCUCAGUCACAGAAUCAAUUUGACAUGAGCUAUUGUUCUUCAUUUAAUGCUAAAUUUACAGCGAACAAAAUUUCUGUCGCUGAAAAAAAUGAACAGCAAGAAGAAACUUUCAGUUCAUUAUUUCCGGUGGAAAAUGAUGACUUGGUUUAUGGACUAUGGGAAAAUGAAGUUAUUUGGGAUGCUGAGAAUAUGAAAGAAAUUCCAAAGCCAAAAAUUUUAACCCUGGAUCUAAAUGAUGACAACAUUAUUUUAGGAAUCCCGGAAGAUGUCAAUCCAGUUAAAAAACAAACUGAGACUCAGCGUAAAGCUAAAAAUCCACUUCCGUAUUCAAAGAAAAGUAAAACUUUACUGAAUCAAAUCGGUAUUUUGAACAUCGCUGAAGAAAGUGAGGAAAAAACGCCACCUGAACCUUCAAACCCAACUUCACAUGAUCCCUUUAAUAUCUCCAAUGAUGUCUACUACAUGCCGAAAGAAAAAGAAAUAACUCUGAGACUGAAAACUGGCGGGAAAAAUUUAAUCCAACACAGUAUUCCAGUGGUGAAACUAAGCGCGCCUUUCAUUCGAACUUUCAUGGGUCCCAUGAAACUUAGAAACUUUCACAGACCUCCGUUGCGACGAUUCAGCUAUGGACCACUGGCUCAUCCAGGACCGCAUCCAGUCUACCCCUUGUUGAAAUACAUCGAAAACAAAGCAGCAAAACGUGAACGAGAGAGAAUUGCCUCUGGUGGAGGUGACAUAUUUUUUAUGCGGACUGCUGAGGAUCUCAGUGGCAAAGAUGGUCAGCUAAUACUCGUCGAAUUUUCUGAAGAACAUCCACCAUUGAUGAAUGCAGUCGGUAUGUGUUCGAAGAUUAAAAAUUAUUACAGACGGAAAGUUGAUAAAAAUCAGCAGUUACCUAAUUACAAGUACGGCGAAACUGUAUUUACUUACACGAGUCCUUUUCUCGGGGCUUUGACACCCGGUCAAAGCAUCCAAACGCUUGAAAAUAAUAUGUACAGAGCUCCAAUUUAUGAACACAAGACUCCGCAAACAGACUUCUUGGUGAUACGAACACGUGAUAAAUAUUUUAUACGGGAAAUCGACAAUAUCUUCAUUGCUGGGCAACAGUGUCCACUUUAUGAAGUACCAGGACCGAAUUCAAAGCUGGCAGUCAAAUUUACCCGCGACUUUCUUCUUGUUUUUAUUUACCGUCUGUUUUGGAAGUCAACCGACACACCUAGAAAAAUAAAAAUGGAAGAUAUUAAACGAGCAUUUCCGCUGUACAGUGAAAGCAGUAUUAGAAAACGUUUAAAACUAUGUGCUAAUUUUAAAAGAACCGGCAUGUAUUCAAAUUGGUGGGUGAUGAGAUCUGAUUUUCGAUUGCCUUCAGAAGAAGAAAUCCAAGCGAUGGUUUCUCCCGAGCAGUGCUGUGCUUAUUUCAGUAUGAAAGCUGCUGAACAGAGACUAAAGGACGCUGGCUAUGGUGAAAAAUUUCUCUUCGCAACUCAAAAUGAUGACGACGAUGAUUUGCAGCUGAAAAUGGACGACGAAAUCAAAGUCGCGCCCUGGAAUACCUCGAGAGCGUACAUCCAAGCGAUGGAGGGCAAAUGUCUUUUGCAGUUGACUGGUCCAGCUGACCCUACUGGUUGCGGUGAAGGAUUUUCGUACGUCCGUAUGUCAAAUAAACCGAUCGUCAAUAAAAACGACCAAGAAGUGCAGCCUAAAAAAUCACUUAUUGGUACGGAUGCUGAUUUAAGACGACUGUCGCUGCCUAAUGCCAAGCAAAUUCUUAGAAAAUUUGGAAUACCUGAUAAACAGAUUGAUCAAUUAGGCCGUUGGGAGAUUGUCGAUCUUGUACGGACUCUUUCGACGGAAAAAGCCAAAGCUGGGGAAGAAUGCGAGUCAAAAUUUUCUCGGGGUAAUCGAUUUUCUAUUGCGGAAUAUCAAGAACGUUAUAAAGAAGAGUGUCAAAGAAUUUUUAAUCUACAAAACAGUGUACUGUCAUCUGCUGAGGUACUGAGUUCUGACGAAAAUGUAAGUUCGGAUGAUGAGGAUGACUCUGAUAUUGAAGAAAUGGGAAAAAAUAUUGAGAAUAUUUUGGCGAACAAAACAACUAGCGAGCAAUUGACGUUGAAACAAGAAGAGCAGGAACGGCAGGAGUUGAAACAAAUGUUAUUGGAUGAGACACCGAACACGCAAAGUAGUAAAAAAUCUAAAAUUAAAAAGAAAGAUGAUACAGAUUCAGAACCUGGUGAACGUGUGCUGAAAAUUAAUCGAACUUUUCGUGAUCCUGAUGGCAAAGAGUUUACGCGGGUUGAAAUAAUUCGUAACACAGCAGUAAUCGAUUUGUAUUUAAAAAUAAAAAAUACCAAGGAUAAAAAAUUAGUGAAUGAUUUUAUGUCACUUACUGAUGAACAAAAAGACGAACGAAGGAAAGAGAAGAGAAGACUUCAAGAAAGGUUGAGAAGAAUUCAUAAACAUGAAGAACGAAAAAGAAAGAUGAUGGCUAAUAAUCCACUUUCUGCUGAUUCAAAUAAUUCUCAGGAUGAUUCAUUGUCAUUGCAGGGAACAAGUAAAUCUUGUCCUGUAGAUCAAAAUAACGUUACAGGUCCAGAUUCAGUGAAUGCUGACGCGACUCAAGUACAAGAAAAAAAAGUUGACAAACAAUUUAAUAGUGAUCUUCAUUACCAUCAAGAUCUUGUAAAAGUCGACGGUACUAAACUCAAAUUUUCAACUAAACUUAUCAAGCAAAUACAAGAAGAGAAUGAUAAUUACAAUCGCUCAUCAAAAUCUAGAGAUCCUGAUACGAAAUUCAGCACGAAAAAACGUCGAAGAAACACUGAAGAUACUAUUGAUUACAAUCAAUCAAUGACAUAUAUAAAGCCAGCAAAAAGAAGACAAACUGAUCCUGUUAUUUCGAUGUCAAUAAUACUGGAAAAAAUUAUCAAUGAAGUUAAAUAUUUACCCAACGUUGAACUAUUUUUGUUUCCUGUCAAUAGAAAGCUUGUUCCCGACUACUAUAAAAUAAUAAAAAACCCAAUCGACCUACAAACAAUUCGAGAAAAUAUACGACAGUACAAAUAUGAAACUAGAGAAAAGUUUCUCAGCGAUAUCAACCGUCUUGUUAAAAACUCAUCAAUUUACAAUGGACCGAUCCACCCACUGACUAAAACAGCAGAACAGAUACUUGAAAUUUGCGUGCAAAGACUCAAAGAAAAGGAUGAGUCUCUUAUGAGACUUGAGAAAGCAAUAAAUCCAUUCAUGGGCGACAAUGAUCAAGUCAAACUUGCGUUUCUUCUCGAUGAUAUCGUCAAUAGAAAACUGAAGACUAUGCCAGAGUUUAAAUUAUUUCUUAAUCUUAAGAAGUUUAUUAAGAACACUAGUGUUAUCAAAACGCCAGUGGAUUUGAAUACCAUAAUUCAAAAAAUUGCUUCCAGAGAUUAUCAUAAUCGCUACGGAUUUCUUCAUGAUGUAAAAUUAAUUUUAGAUAAUUGCAUUCAACAAAAUUCGACAUUUGUACGGGAAGCAGAAUUAAUUUAUAAAGUUUGCGAAGAAUCAUUGAAUGAAUACGAUUCCUAUCUCACGCAAAUAGAAAAUAAUAUAGUAAAUAAAAAUACCUAUUGGCUGGAAGAUAAAAAUAAAAAUUCCCCAGCAGUUAAAUCGAGAUUAAAAAGUAUCAGCUUAUCUGAGAAUGCUUCCGUAAAAUCUAAAUCAGAUGAUAGCGAUUUCAUUGAUGUCGUUGGUGACGAAGAAAGCCUGGGAUCUGCCAUUGAAAAUAAAAUGGAUAUCAUUGAAGAGCACAAAUUUUCUAGUGAAGAAACAUAUAAAUUUAUGGAAUUGGAGGGCAUCAGCAAAAGCCCGGACACAAUUCCUGAGGAAAAAGUUGACAUUUAUCAAGAUCUUGAAUGUUCUGAUGAAGAUGAAAGUGAAUUUGUUGCUGGUGAUUGUAAAGAAGAAAACUUUGAGAGUAUUCCUGAGAAUCAGAUUGAUAAUUUCCAAGAUUUUCAAUUUUUCAGUGAUAAUAAUUUCAAUUUAAUGGAACUUGAGGUCGGUGGUGGAAACUCGGAUAUUAUGUCUGGAGAAGAAAUUACUAUUUAUCAAGAUCUUCAGUGCUCUGAUGAUGAUGAAUGCACUUUUGUUGAGAAAAAAGUCUUCCAAUGUAUUGCCGAAGAAAAAGUAAAUCUCCUUCAAAAACUUGAAGUUUCUAGUGAGGGUAAUUUAGGACAGGAAAAUAAUAAGCAGCAAUCUUAUGAUAUCGCAGAUGGCGAAAUUUGGUUUUAAUUGUAAAAAAAAAUUAUAUACAUAUAUAUCGUUAAUGAAAAUAAUAAUUAUUAAUUAUUAAUUAAAUGAAAGUACAAAUUUUGUUAUCACUCAUAAAUUUAAUUUUUGUAGUAUUACAGAUCAAUGUACUAUAAAAUUAUAAAAAUGUAAUGAAAACUUAAUAAUUAGUAAUUUAUGAUUAUGUAUUUAAGUAUAAUGAUUAUCAA